AUGGCGGACGCAGCUCUGAAGCCCGAGAAGGACUUCAGUAAGGAAGCUGACGUACAAAUCGGCGAAGCAGAGAAGCUUGCCAAGAACGACGUUCAAGCAGCUAUCGAGAAGCUUACCAUUUUCGAGAAGCAAACCCGACAGGCUUCCGAUCUCGCCUCUACAUCCCGAACUCUAAUUGCGAUAUGUACGAUCUGUAAAAAUGCCGGAAACUGGAGUUUGCUCAACGACCAGGUUUUGGUACUCUCCAAGAAGCAUGGCCAGCUUAAACAAGCUAUCACCAAGAUGGUUCAGACCGUUAUGGAUUUCCUCGACGCUACCCCGAAUCUAGAUGUUAAACUAUCAGUAAUUGAGACCCUGCGCACCGUGACCGAGGGCAAGAUAUUCGUCGAGGUUGAGCGCGCUCGCGUGACUAAAAUCCUCUCGGACAUCAAGAAGGAGCAGGGAGACCUUAAGUCCGCCAUGGAUAUCCUUUGCGAAUUGCAGGUGGAAACCUUUGGUUCGAUGGAGAGACGGGAGAAGACGGAGUUUAUACUUGCCCAAGUCGCAUUAUGUAUCGAGAACGGCGACUGGACGCAAGCUAGCAUUCUCAGCCGCAAGAUCAGCACCAGAUAUCUAUCUCGAAAGCCGAAAAAGACAGCCGAGCAAGUAGAGAAAGAGAAGGAGGCCCGUGAAGAGAAGCUGAAGCGUGGGGAGGAGGUUCCACCCGAGCAGGAGGACGACACUACCGACUUGAAGCUGGCCUAUUAUGGACAACAGAUCACUCUUGCGAAGCACGACGAUAAGUAUCUUGAUGCCUGCAAGCAUUAUAGACAAGUGUUGGAUACCGAGGCUGUCGAAGAGGACCCCUCAAAGCUACAACCCGUCUUACAACGUAUCAUCUACUUCGUCAUACUCGCUCCCCAUGACAACGAACAACAUGAUCUUCUCCAACGUAUCUUCCGUGAUACUCGAAACACCCAAAUCCCUGUCGAUGCUGCGCUUCUUAAGCUGUUCACAGUACACGAGCUCAUGCGAUGGCCAGAGGUUUCGAAGCAGUACGGUCCUCAUCUCUGCGGGACCGAUAUCUUCGACGAAAGUCCAAACCAGUCGGGCGACGAGAAAGCCCACCAACGAUGGCAAGAUCUGCGCAAACGUGUUAUCGAGCACAAUGUUAGAGUUAUCGCGAAAUACUACACCCGCAUCGGCAUGAAGCGCCUGACCCAGCUACUUGACCUGACGGAGGAUGAAACGGAGAAGUAUAUUAGCGAACUGGUGUGCUCCAAAACGGUAUUUGCCCGCAUUGAUCGGCCGGCAAGUAUAGUCAGCUUCGCCAAGCCUAGAGAUGUCGAUGACGUUCUUAACGAGUGGAGCCACAACAUGAAGAGCCUGCUCGGUUUACUGGAACGUGUAGAUCAUCUCAUUACCAAGGAAGAGAUGAUGGCGAGGAUCCAGCCUGGAGUGAAGGAAGGCAAGGAGAAGAAGGGUAAGAAGAAGGCGUGA